CUUCCUCCUCCAUGGAGGAGGCGGAGAAAGGGGAGAUCUUGGAGUGGAACGCCAAGCCAAGCUCCAUGGAGGAGGCGGAGAUCUUCGAGAGGAACACCAAGCCGAGGUUGGACGACCAUCCGCAGGCGACGACGGCGGGGGCGACCAGCCUGUUCAAUGUCGACCUCAUCCUGGAGAUCCUCUCCUGCCUCCCAGCCAGAUCCGUCCACCGUUUCAAGUGCGUCUCAGUGCUCUGGCGCGACCUCAUCGCCGACCCCGCCAACCACAAGAAGCUGCCCCAGACCCUUGCUGGCUUCCUCUACACGUCCUUCUGCAGCAACGGGUAUCGCCACCACUUUGCCGGUUUCUCCGGCGGCACAGCCUCCUUUGACCCUUCCCUCCCUUACCUGUAUCCUAACAAGGAUGAGGGCAUCACCCAGGUGGAUGCUUGCAAUGGCCUCCUUCUCUACCGCCGUUACAACAGCAGCAGGCAUGAUUACCAUUUUGUUGUGUGCAAUCCCGCCACCGGGAGGUGGGUGGAGGUGCCACCUCAACCUCAAAAGCCGGAGCCAAUGAACAGACUUAACCAUACUGCAGGCCUAGCUUUCGAUCCAGCAGUCUCGUCCCAUUUCUAUGUUCUUUGUUUCGAGCGGACCUUUCCGAAAACUUUGAUCGCAGGAGUGAACAUCUACUCGUCUCGCACAGGAGCCUGGAUUCAUAGAGACAGUGGGAUAGUUGAGAAAGCUACCCUGUUCAGGAGUAAAUGUGUCUUUGUUGGUGGUAUGCUGUACAUCAUGGGUAACGUGGUGGACACCAACGGUGAGUAUGUGCUGGUGGGGGUGGACAUGGAGGGGAAAGUGUGGAAGACUAUCUGUGUGCCGUACGGUUCAAAAUUUGGUACUAUUGGAUUGUCGCAGGGGUGCUUACACUAUGCUAUAGCUUCUGUCAAUAAUAACAAUGAAAUCCUAGUUUCUGAGAUAGCACUCUGGUGCCUCAAGGAUUGGGACAGUAAACAAUGGGUCCUGAAGCAUACUGCCAGCAUCAAUACGCUUAUGAGCAUGACUGGGGAGAUGUACAGGGUGGUUGAGAUUCAUCCAGAUUGCGACACAAUUUUCCUGGCUCAGUGUGGAGGUGAUACCUUGAUGUCAUAUGACAUGUGGCAUCAGAAAGUUGGCUGUAUCAUUAAUCUUGAGAGAAACAGUGCGCACAAAUUUCUACCCUAUGUUCCUCUGUUCUCAGAGCCAUUAGCAGAUGCUGAGGGGUAGUAGCUUUACCUUAAACCACCCCUGUGUUUCCUCCCAAAAACUGGCUCUUCUUUCGUCUGAAAAAAUUGUCUGUGUACCUCCGAAUCUGCUUCAAUCAUGGCCCCCCACUUUGCUGGUGCUUAUACUUCUGCUUGUUUGAUUUCCAGUUCAGACAUCAGAGCAACGCUUGGUCAACCUACAGAUUAAGCAUCAUUUCAUUUUCAAAGAAAGUUGUUACCCUUGUUCUUGUUUGCCCAGCACUGGCUGUUAUUCGGGACAUGACUUAGUUUGAUGGGGUUAAACUGUACUGUGAUAGGCCCUGCUAUCCAUAACAAUUAGUUAUUAUUGUUAUCCGAAAUCUUAGUGCAUAUUGUCAACCUGCUAGUGUACUAAAAGGUUCAGUCGGACUUGUUACUGGUGUGAUCUCUAGUUGACUUUAUGCAUUUGGUAUUUUUUUACUGAUGUGAUCUCUAGUUGAAUUUAUGCAUUUGGUAUUUUGCAAAGCACUUCCGUUGUGAAAUUCUUUAUUUGGUUU